UGCUGCGCAUUUGCUAUGAUAUACAAUGAAUUAAGUGUUCUUGACACAAUUCACUCGCAGGAGAACAACCAGUCGGUAGCGGACGAGAUCAAGCUGGAGGUGGGCGUGUCGGCGUACGCCUACCAGUGCGACGUCUCCGACGAAAAGCAGGUGCGCGAGCUUGCUCGCCGGGUGACACAGGAGGUGGGGCCCGUCUACAUCCUGGUGAACAAUGCUGCCGUCACUCAGUGCCAGCCGCUGCUCACGCUCAGGCCGGAGCAGAUACGCCGCACCCUCGACGUCAACCUGCUCUCGCACUUCUGGAUGAUACAGGAGUUCUUGCCUGGGAUGCUGGUCCAGAAGGAAGGACACAUCGUCGCCAUGUCCUCCAUAGCCGGCUACGUGGGCACUGGGUACCUCACAGAUUACUGCGCGUCAAAGUUCGCUGUCCGGGGCCUGAUGUGCGCUUUGGACGAAGAACUCUACCAGCUGGGCCUGCUUGACAAGAUCAAGCUUACAACAGUCUGUCCCAUGGCCAUCAACACCGGCAUGUUCAAGGAGCCGAAGUCAAGAUUUCCAUGGCUGGCGCCCAUCUUGGAAACAAAGGCCGUUGCCGACCGGACAUUGGACGCGGUUCUUCGAGAAGAGCUCGAAGUUGUCAUCCCGCACAGGAUCCUCAUUAUGCACAGGCUCAUGUUUUUGUUCCCGGCAAAAGCAAUGAAGCUAAUGCAGCGGUUCAUGGGUUGCACCGUAGAGCCACACGAGGGCGCAACCUCGACCUCCGCCACAACGUCGGCAUUCGGAUGAAGACACGUCUUCCGGCUCGUGCUGAGUGCGAGCAGAAGGAGAGCCACCAGCUGAUGACCUCGUUCUUCUUGUUUCAAGUUUUGCAUUGUUUGUUCGCUCGUUGGCAGCGCGGACUAGAAUGAACUUUCGAUACGCUAGUCCAAUGGUGUUCGUUCUAGGACUGCUUGGACGAGCGGUGUCAAAACGGGUCUUGCGCGCAGGCAAGAAGAAGACAGUUGCGUUCUACGGAGUGUCUGAACUCUUGUCAGCUAUGAAAAGAUCGAUAACUUUGCGAGAAGCAAUAAAUUCCGCCUGUUUUAUAAGUU